GUGCUCACAUUGAAAACAAAAAGACUUGAAACAGCGUCUUCAACGACAAACUACUUGCCAACAUGGGUUCUGCAGGCGACUGGUGUUUAAUAGAAAGUGAUCCCGGAGUAUUUACCGAGCUUAUUAAAGGGUUUGGUUGUCGUGGUGUUCAAGUAGAGGAGAUCUGGAGUCUUGACCCUGAGAGUUUUGAGUCCUUGAAGCCGGUGCAUGGACUUAUUUUCUUAUUUAAGUGGGCUCCAAACACAGAGGCUGAUGGGUCCAUCGUUCAGGACAGCAGGCUGGAGAAGAUUUUCUUUGCUUCUCAGGUGAUCAAUAAUGCUUGUGCCACACAGGCUAUUCUAAGCAUAUUGCUGAACUGCACACAUCAGGACUUGGAACUUGGGGACACUCUCACCAACUUCAAGGAGUUCUCCCAGGAUCUGGAUCCAGGGCUGCGAGGACUGAGCCUGAGUAAUUCAGAUACAAUCCGUGAAGUUCACAACAGCUUCGCCAGGCAGCAGAUGUUUGAGUUUGAUGAGAAACUGGCCAAGAAAGAUGAUGAUGUGUUCCAUUUUGUAAGCUACCUCCCCAUCGAUGGCAGGUUGUAUGAGCUUGAUGGAUUGAAAAGUGGUCCAAUUGACUUAGGUGCUAUACCAGCAGAGACAGACUGGAUUGAUGUUGUGCGCCCAGUCAUAGAGAAACGGAUGCAAAAGUACAGUGCCGAUGAGAUUCAUUUCAACCUGAUGGCUGUAGUUUCGGACAGAAAGAGGUCCUUUUCUUGUCGCCUUCAAGAACUGACUUCUAUCAUGGAGACGAGUGGCAUUGAUUCUAGUGAUAUAGCAUCAGAGAUCUCUAGACUGACUACAAUGAUAGCAGAGGAAGAGAAAAAGGAGCUUCGCUAUAAGGUUGAAAACAUUCGCAGGAAACACAACUACCUCCCCUUUAUCAUGGAGCUUUUAAAGAUUCUGGCAGAGGAUAAACAGCUUCUUCCCCUUAUAGAAACGGCCAAGCAGUCAGCAGCGAAGAAAAAGAAGGGGCGAGAAGAACAGAGCAUGGAGACCAAAUAGUGACUGGGGAAGACUGAAUCUCAAGAAGUGAUGUGAGGGAGAGUGAAGAAGAGUCAUGUUCUUCCGUGGCUCUUUGUUGUUUGCCAUGGACCAUGUGUUUUUGAUAUUGUUGGGAUGAAAGAAUUGAAAGUGUGUGUAGAUGAUUUGUCAAUUGUUACAGUUACUUUGCGCCCAAAUGUUUCCCUGCUUCACAACUGAAUGGUUCUGCUUCUCAUUGUCAUGAUGUUUGAGAUGACUUAAAGAGUGCCCAGCCUUUUAGAAAGCAACCCAUAGUGUUCAUAACUUGGGGUAGAAAUGAAAGUGUUCAAGUUGUAUUAUCUAACUUUAUUAUUUCGUGUUAUUCUCUGACCAAAGUCUGUCAAGUUGAAAAUUAUAUAAUUCACCUUUCUCAUUGGAGCUCCAAAACCUGAAUUUCUAUUAUUUUUGUCCUUUGGAAAAUACAUUUUUAUUCCUGCUGUACAUCCUUUAGAAAAUAAUGCCAAAUGUUUGGUUGGGAGGAGGGGACAUUUUUGGUUGCAAUGCUGUUCUAUGAUUCCAAGUUGGGGCAUAAUAUAUGUGCCUCCUAAGCAGUGAAGGAGGUCAGAAAGUGAAAAGUUUGGUCGUCUGAAGAACUAGAUGAGUAAAAAUUGAGAAGGGUAAGAGAAAAAGUUAACCUCAUGUUUAACUGCUAGUCAAAUUUUUAGAGCCACUGAACACUCCUUACUUGUGAUUCACUCAUUAAUGUAGUGCAUAGUCAAUGAUUUUGUGUCUCUCUGGAAUUCCACCUGACUGUUUUUGUCUUUGUCGUUUACUAAGUGUGUAGCUCGUGAGUAGUGCAAUUGUUCUUGCAAGAGGUGCUAAAGGGUUGUGUGGCAUGUAUCGGCAGGGUGUUGUAUGACAGUGGGUUACCAGCUCUUACUGGGAAUGACAUGAUCGUGCUCCUUUGCAGAUACUGUAGGUAGCUCCGCAUCACUUUAUUUUUUGGGGUAUUUGAGUCAUGCAGCAAGAUUGACUGCAUUUGGUAAGAUUGUUCCAGGGUGACAACCAGGCUGCAGGAUCCCAAAGUCCCUGAGAAUGACCUGCAGAUUUGAGUAAGAUUUGCUUGAGACCCUGGGAAUGUCCUGGGAAUUUUAGAAAGUUGUAAAUUGCCUUAGGACGGAAAUGAAAUUUUGUUCUCCGCAUUUUGAUAUUCCAUCCAGAUAAGGUCUACAAGUUCAUUUUAUUCUGUAUUUGUUGUAUUUGUUCAGCUUGUUUCCUUCCUACAGUGUUCAGUGCGAACACGUAGGUAUGGUGGAAUUGGAGGUCUUACUUAUAUUGAAGCGGGGCAGUCUUGACCAGGGAAAAAUCGAGAUUGGCUUUCGCUGCCACCUGUUAGAACAUACCACCGUGAGGGUCUGGUUUCUAUCACUAUCAUCAUUGGUAUUCAGAGCUCCUUCAGUCCUUCUGAGUUUGGCACAGUUUAAUUUUUCCACUUCUUUGAGACCCAUCUUUGAAGUCAUUCCUGCAAUAAGUUUUGCCUUGCAUGCUUUUUUAGAAUCUGCAAAUGCUGAAUAUCUGAGGGGUUUUGACAGUUGAUGUCUUUUGCCCUUUCGCUUGCCCAACUCAAUGUUUCUUUAUUAUUAAUGGUGAAGGAAAAUGUUUAUAGAAAUAAGUAGCGGACUGAAAUAGCUGAAUCACAGUGACCUUAGAGAUAUAUCUGUGUGUGCAUGUAUGUCUGUGCAUACGUAGAUGAAGGGUAGGCAGUAUGUGAAAUGUGAAUGUGUGUGUUUGCAAGUUCGUGCAUGUUGGAGACACACAGUCACUGUUUUGUGUCAGUGGAAAAUGAAUGGCAACUCCCGAAAAAUUUUGUAGCCAGUAUGGCAGUUACCCUGUGUUUAGCUCCGAGAAAAGUUUGCAUUCUUUAGUGUCUUUGUGUAGUAAAGAUUUGCAAAAUUUAGGCGCUGCACUAGUCCCUAAUGGUUGGUAAGAGACCUUUGACUUCAAAGUUAACUUAUAGGGUGAAAUACGCCAAAUGCUGUUGUUCCCUAUAGAAUAUGGGGUUGUUGGAGAGUUUUUUGGGGGGAGGUUCCCAAUCUAAGUUAUAGCGGAGACGAAUGUUAUUAAUUCUCUAAAACUUCUCUGACAAUUGCGGUAGAUGCAAAUGAGUGCAGGUAUAAAAUGAUGAAAGUGUUACGUAAAUGUAUUACUGUUUCAGGAUUGUUUUAGUUUUGUCUCUAAGGUUAGAAUUUUUUGCUUUGGGUCCUGCCACUGUGAUAUAUAGACUAAUGUGUUGGUACUUCUUACAAGUCUUAAACUCUUUCAGAUUUCUGCUUUCUCUUGUUUUUCCCUUCUUUGUAUGUUUGUUGUGUCAGUUAGUUUGUAUGUGUAUUUUUGAAGGCAGUCAAGAUUUUUUUAAAGACCAGGUUACGUUGUCAGGCUUUUUUCAAUUAUUGCGAAACAUGAAGUUGCAUUUUAAAACCUAUUAUGUGUGUCAUCUGCUGUCCGGAAAAAUGUGUGUCCAUGCGAUGAGAAGAGAAAAUAUUGCCAUAGUGUUUUCCACAGAUUGCACUCACUAAUUCAUCUAUUUUUCACUUUCCCUUCAUCCUGGAGUUAUGAACUUAUAUGGUUGUCCUUUUCAAUUUGUUCAUUUUAAAGCUUUGCUUUUCUUGCAUUGAUUCUCUUGAAAUAAAAGCCCAUAUCAUAAUUUC